CUCAUCAUGAUCAUUUGGUUGAAGAUAAGAGAGGACUCUUUGGAGGAGCUCGUCAGACGACUUAAUGUUGUCGUACAUAAAAUCGGAGGUCCGAGAUGCGUCUGCAUGCAGCCUCUCUCUGCGGGUCCCAUCUGACAGAGGAAGCCCUUUGAGACCAGGACUGGGCUGCUGUAGUCUUCCCAGCGUUCUCUUGGAUCAGAUCAUCCUGGCUUGGGAUUUCAUUGGUCUUGCUUGGUACAGAUUGCCCUGGUGCGGUCAGGACGGUUUUAGAAUCGGUCUGGACCGAAUGUGGAUCGAUCCGCAUUGGUUUUGGGCUGGUUCCGAGACAUCAGGUCGAGCCGAGGGCAGUCAAGACUGGUUGUGGGAACCAGUUUAAAUGUCUCUGCAUGAGUUUCUUCGGGAGGGCCAGGACGCCCCACAGCGGAUCCUGUCCCGACUGACCCAGCUCCUCUACAACCUAUCGGCUACGGUCUUACAGGGGGUCCCCUUCUCUCCUUUCACAACCUUCAGCCGCAAGAGCUCCUGGAGGGACUGGAACGAUGAGAUUAUGCAGCAGGAGAGCAGUCCUCUGUGUGCCGCAGACAUCAGCCCAGACCUCAGGAAACAGUUUGCCUUCCUGUCAGGUGGCCGAGGACAGAAUGGCAGCCCCAUCAUUAUUUUCCCAGAGUACCCUACGUUCGGUGAGCUGGAGGAGCAGGAGUUUCAGAACGUGCUGACAUACCUGACUAGCGUUCCCAGUCUCAGCUCGACGGGGGUCGGCUUCAUCCUGGUCAUUGACCGGCGGCAAGACAGAUGGGCAUCAGUGAAGGGGACGCUGCUGCGGAUCGCGGGCUCUUUCCCAGGCAACCUGCAGCUGGUGCUGGUACUGAGACCAACAGCACUCUUCCAGCGGACAAUCUCAGACAUCUUUUUUAAGUUAAACAAGGAUGAGUUUAAAAUGAAGGUGCCGGUGAUCAUGCUCAGCUCUGUGACUGAGCUGCACAGUUACAUCGACCGCACACAGCUCACUCAGGAACUGGGCGGCACGCAGGAGUACUGCCACGAGAAAUGGAUUUCACACCGCACCGCCAUUGAAGGUUUUGCUCUGAUGGUGAAGAAAACGGCACAAACUCUCCAGUCUUUUGGGACCGAGCUGGCGGAGACAGAGCUGCCCAAUGACGUUGAGGCCACGUCCAACCUUCUAACCGUCCACACGGAAAAGAAGGACAAAAUGAAGGAGGACUUGAGGAUCGCUCUCUGUCAAGGAUCACGUUUGCUGGAGAGUAUCAAUGAGCCCCUGGUGAAAGAUCCAGAUUAUACCAUGAACCAGGAUGAACUGGAGAACCUGGCUACUGUUCAGAGGUUGCUUGGUCAGUUAGAUGAGACUGAAACAGCAUUUGAUGAUUUUUGGGAUAAACAUCAAACCAAGCUGGAGCAAUGUCUACAACUACGGCAUUUUGAGCAGAACUUCAGGGAGGUCAGAGCUCAUUUAGACAUGGUGUAUGACAGACUAUCAGGCUUCUCCGAGAUCGGAAUCAGCCCUGCCCAUGUUGAACACAUCUUGAAAGAGCUGACCAAUCACGAAGAGAGAGCAUGUGAGGUGUUGGACCGAGCGCUGACUCUAGCGUGCGAUGCUGACCAGUUGAUUGAAGCGUCUCAUUAUGCUGUGGACUCCAUCCUGCCCAAAUGCUCUGAGCUGAGGGCUGUGUGUGAGGAGAUCAGCAGUGUCCUCAAGGCCAAGAAAGCCUAUCUGCUCAAAGCCAUGGAGCUGCACCAGUGUCUAGAGAAGGCCACUAAAUGGUGUGAUGAUGGGAUCUACCUGCUGGCAUCUCAGCCUGUGGAUAAGUGUCAAUCACAGGAUGGGGCGGAGUCGGCGCUGCAGGAGAUUGAGCGUUACCUGGAAACAGCCAAUCAGCACAAGCUGACAGAUUUGAAUGGAAUUUGGAGGGACUAUGAGUCGGUGCUCACACAAGACUUGAGGGAUCAGGUGGACAAAGUGUUUCAGAAGCAGCUGUCCAUGCAGGAAAUGUUUGAGAAGAGGAGGGUCAGUCUAAAGAAGUUAGCAGCCAAACAGACACGACCCGUGCAGCCUGUCGCCCCACGUCCCGAGGCCAUCAUCAAAUCACCCAUUUCAUCUCCAGCUCAUAGGGAGAAGUCGAUAGAGGGUGAUAUCAUCAAUGGAAACUGCAGAAAAGAAGAGAUACACUUACAGAAUGAUGGCAGCAGACACCCGUCUGUCUCUGAUGAGGAGGAGAACUUUGCUGUGCUUAGACGGCACGUAAUGAACGAGCUGUUGGAGACGGAGCGAGCGUAUGUGGAGGAGCUGCUGUGUGUGCUGGAGGGUUAUGGAGCAGAGAUGGACAAUCCUGCCAUGUCUCACCUCAUCCCCAAUACGCUGCUUCAUAAGAAGGACGUCCUCUUUGGGAAUAUGCCUGAGAUAUACCACUUCCACAAGAAGACCUUUCUUCGUGAACUGGAGGCGUACACAGACUAUCCUGAGCUUGUGGGCAGGUGUUUUUUGGAGAGAAUGACGGAUCUGCAGAUCUAUGAGAAGUACUGUCAGAACAAGCCUCGCUCCGAGUCUCUGUGGAGACAGUGCUCUGACUGCGCUUUUUUUCAGGAGUGUCAAAGGAAACUGGAACAUAAGCUCGGUUUGGACUCGUACCUGCUCAAACCAGUGCAGAGAAUAACCAAAUACCAGCUCUUACUGAAGGAACUGCUGAAGUACAGUAAAGGCUGUGAGGGUGAGGAUGACCUGCAGGAGGCGCUCUCAUCUAUUCUGGGCAUCCUGAAAGCCGUCAAUGACUCCAUGCACCUUAUCGCCAUCACUGGAUAUGAAGGCAACCUCAGUGAUCUGGGGCGUCUGAUGAUGCAGGGGUCGUUCAGCGUGUGGACGGAGCACAAGAAGGGUCACGCGAAGGUGAAAGACCUGGCUCGCUUCAAGCCCAUGCAGAGACACCUGUUCCUGCAUGAGAAAGCUCUGCUCUUCUGUAAGAAACGAGAGGAGAACGGAGAGGGUUAUGAGAAAGCACCUUCAUACAGCUUCAAACACUCACUCAAUAUGAGUGCUGUAGGUAUUACUGAAAAUGCAAAAGGAGACAACAAAAAGUUUGAGAUCUGGUGUAAUUCUCGAGAGGAGGUGUAUAUUGUACAGGCACCGACACCAGAGAUCAAAACGGCAUGGGUGAACGAGAUCCGGAAGGUCCUAACAGGGCAGCUAAAGGCCUGUAGAGAAGCAAGCCAGCAGAAGAGCUCAGAUCAGAUCUCACAGUUAACUCCCACCAGCACCAGCCUGACCCUGAGCCCCUUCAAGACCUACCCAAAGACCCUCAAGAAAGGAGAAGAGAAGAAAACUGAGCUCACGAUGGCAGACUCCAGUACAGCCGUCUCACUUAAAAAUAACGACAAGGUCAAAGACGAGACUGUCACCAGUCCCAACACUGAGAGAGCUGCGGUUGCUAAAAAGCGCUUUACACUGCAGGGCUUCAGUAACCUCAAGAGUCAAAAAGGAUCAUCCCCCCCUAGCCCUGACCACAAAACUAAAAGACAUGAGAUUAAGAGUGAUCCUACACCGUUUGGCUUCAGAGACGCAGGUCCCCACAUCACUCUUACCCGAGUGAGAUGGCUGAGCACUUCUAGUCUGUUGCAGACUAAAAGGAGAGGCUUCUCCAAGGCAUCGCUGUCUGUGGACGCGUCUGAGGAGAACGACGGUUACUCGAGCGCCGAGGACCCCAUGAACUCUGAUCCUGAGGAUGAGGGAGGGAAAAAACUGUCUCCAGGCAGGUACGUGGUAGUUGCUGACCAUGAUAAAAACGGACCACAGGAGCUGACGGUGAAGAGCGGAGACUCAGUGCAGCUUGUAAAGGAGGGAGACGAUGGACGCUGGUUUGUACGUAAUCUGCGCACCAAUAAGGAGGGCUGGGUCCCUGCCGCAAACCUGCUCACUCUCAUCGGAGAAUCCAAAUCCUCUCAGUCCCUCUCCAGCUCAGAAGGCAGCGGGUCUGGAAACCUCAGCACAUCCUCCAGCUGCAGCGAAACCUACACAAGCUUCUCAGACAUCAAAGCCUGAAGCCGCCGCUCCAGCGCCUUGUGGCAGCUCCUACACAGUGCACUUUCUACUGAAGCUCCUCGAGUCCUUGUACUGUAUUUAACCUCGUCACCCGAGAAAGGCAUUGACCUCUGCGGUCAAUACGAGCUAUUCAGGAUAUUUUAUACAGAGCGUCACGCUUUCUCAACCUUCUCUCCUUCGUAAGAGAGAGAAAACAAGUUGUUCGGUGUCUGCUGUUCCCUGUGGAAAUUCUCCUUUACUUUGAAAGUAUCGGUGUGAUGCUGUUUGUUUCACGUCUGCAUGCAUUUCCUCAAAGAUUAAAAGAGAAAAGGGCUCUUGGUCGAGUCGGCAUUAACCUCAGAGCAGCCUGCGGUUUUAGAAGUCUUUAAAUAUACAUAACAAGGACUCUCAUUGGACUUUAAUGUAUGACCACACGAGCUUCCACUGGUUUUAUUGAUCUUGCAUCGAGAACAUCAGUGUCUUUUUGAAAUGUCUGACUUUGUUGGCGUCUAAAGCUCCUGUCCGAUUUGCUGUAGCAGCAAGACAAUGAAGCGAUGUUUUAUACGGUAAAGACUCUUGAGGUUAUGCCUGCUGAAAAGUCCCGUUAUUCACUGUAUGUAUUAAUCUAAAACGGCUGUAUAGUUUAAAUUAUUUCCUGUAAAAGAUUUGUACAGAUAUUAACUUUUAUCUCAUGUUUUUCAUUAAAACAGUAUAUAAAAAUAUACAUAUUGUAUAUUAUGACCACUACCGUUGUGCGUCAAUGAAAUGUAUUUUGUUGUAUUUUGUCUGUUCUGCACCAUUCGUGUACAAUUACUGCAAUUUUUCGAACGUACCAAUCGUGUUCACAUUUUAUGUAAUUUAUUUCGUCACCACAGAUUGUUCGAUUCGGUUUGUUUUAGAUGUCAUAUCUGGUAAGUGAUAAUUGGCAUGCUGUAACCAUCAUUCAGCUUUUGUAAAACGGUUCAAUGUCGAAUAAGUAUUUCUCACAGCUUGACAAAUUUCAUCUAUAUUAAUAUUCCUCAAAUCAAGCCAUAAUUUCUGACAGUUUGACCACAGCCUUACUGUGCUUAAAUGUUCACGUCCCCAUAACUGUAUGUUGUCUUUUUAACAUGUUCAGUAAUACAAAAAACAUUGUUCAUUUCUAUUUAAAUUUUAUGUGGCACAUUGCUGCAUGUUAGUUUUGCCUCUCCAUCUUUUCCUGUAUUAGACGCGUAUCUGUGUACAUGUGUAAAUAUGUAUCUAAGAGGAUGUAUGAGACGAAUGAAUUUAAAGUGCUUAGGGUUAAAUAAACUUCACUGAAACAUUCUA